UGUUGGCGUUAGUCCGCGGCAAACACUCAACGGCAACGGGUCAGAAACGCGCGUGUCGGCAACCGCAAAAAUAAAAGGCAAAAACGGCGAAAGAUACAAAAACAUUUCAGAGACCAAAAUCGAAACCGAAACUGAGGAGCAUUGAUAAAAAAAAAAGAAAGAAAAAUUUAGAUUGAGUCAAAUCAAACUGCAGACCGAGACACUGAGGCUGCCUGUGUUUGUGGAUUUCGAAUUGAAUUUGAAUUGCUUUCGAAUGAAAUCGGUGCAAAGAUAAAAAAAUAAAGAAUUAAAAAAAGAUAUAUGAUAAAGAUUACGGUACGCGAUACGAGAUCUAACUAAUUUGAUGAUUGUCGAUUCGACUUCGAUUGCAAAGUGCGAGUGGGAAAAAAGUCGCGUGAAUUUCGUCAGAUCAUGAAAGGACUUUCGAUUUCGUAUUGAUAUUGAAUUGAUGAUUGCAUUGAUAAGCCCAGUCAGGCGUUCAGUGAAGUGAAUAAAAGAAAAAAAAAAGUCCGAAGACGAAAACAAAACUUUGCACAACAAUAACAAGAAAUUGCAACUGCAACGGAAAAUCCGCAAAGGGAACUUCGUCUCUGCCUCCGUCCAGCAAACAACUGACAUCGUCUGUCUGCACAAGCACAUAUAUACUAUAUAUAUAUAUAUAUAUAUAUAUAUAUUGCUUUAUAAAAAACGAUCGGGAUCGAUUUAGUGUGUGCGUGUGCAAUAUUCCAACAUACAAACAUAUGUACUUGCUGUGACGAUCCUCUAUAUAAUCCACACAUACACACCGAUACAGUUAUAAUUCGCGUGUGUGCGUGUAUAUAGAUAUAUAUAUACAUAUAUAUAUUUGUAGAUAUAUCUAGGCAGAGUAGAAGAUAUAUGCGUAUGAGCUGAACGCGGCGCACUCUGCUCUGCUUUUUUCUUUUAUAAUUACUUUUGUCUAAAAUUAGAAAACGUGUGUGUUGUGUUCGUCGGGUGUGUUUGUGUGUUGCGUACGCGUCUUUGUAUUAGUGUUAGUGUGUUAGUCUGUGUCUGGUAUAUCAACAACAACAACAGCAACAACAACACGAGCAACAGCAACAGCAACAUCAUCAUCAUCGCCAUCGUCAUCAGCGACAACCGAGACAGUGUUCGCUUGUAUGUGUGUGCCAGAAAACACUCGACAGUGAAUCAGGCAACGACUACGACUACGACUACGACUACGACUAUGUCUAUAUAGACAGAUCGCGUAUACGGCGAGACAAGCACUAGAGGCAUUAUCGGGGGGCUGGCCAGCCUACGAAAAGAAGCACACACACAGACACAUAUCGAAUUGUUGUGUGAGAUACGCGCGCAGCGAGGAUUACAAUUACAACAGCAGCAGCAACAGCGCAGCAACAACAACAACAACAACACUGUGACGGCGACAGCGACACGAACGAAGCGUCGCACCGCAUCACACGAACGCGAGACGAAGCAGCCAAUCGGCAAUUGCCGACGGCAGCCGAACGUGCCAAACGAAACGCGCACGAAACGCGCGCGCGUGAAAAACGUCGUGAAAAACGCGUAAACAGCAACAACGACAAAAUUCACAAAACAAAACAACAACAACAACAAAACUUCAAAUCAAACGCCACGCGACGACCUUAAGUCUACGCCUAACGCAGAGGUUUUUGAGUUGGGGGGCGUGGCCAGUGCGUCGACUCCAAGGCGCUCAAGUGAAACGCAGCGAACAAAAUAAUUCUAACAGCAACAUAAAUAAGUGCAGCAACAACAGCAAAAGCGAACGAAUCAACGAACGAACAACAACAAUAAUAACAACAAAAAGAAUACAAGCAGCAAUUUAUUUAUUUAAAGAUAUACGUAUACAUUUUUGCAUUGCCAAAGCAGACGAUCGGGCCAAAAUGAGUCACCAGCAGCAACAACAGCAGCAACUACAAGAGCAACAGCAACAACAACAACAACAAGAACAAGAGCUGACAGCAAAGUUCUCAAAGUGCUUAUAAAUAUUAUGCUAGCGAUUGUCAAACAUUGACACACACACAUACACUAUACACACAAUCACACACCCUCUCUCACAGUCUGUGUCUCUGUCACUCACACACCCACUCAUACAAGCUCGCUCUCUAUCUCGCUCGCUCGCGCCUCUCUCUCUCGCUGCUGUCUCUCAAAAUGCUACGAAACUAUCGAAAGUAUUUGCAGGAUAAACGAAAAUACGACAAGGCACAGCGACGACGCAGCAUCGACAGCGACAGCAAUUGUCAGGAUUAGACAACAGCAGCCACAACAACAACAGUAGCAACAAUCGGUCACUUCUAUUUGGAGCAACUUGAAUACAAAGACGAAGACGAAGUGAGAGCUCGAGCAAACACAAUAAGAAGAGCAGCAACAUCGACAGCAAUUCGAUUUGUUGAGUUUUGGGAUUGUAAAUAAAGCUAGGGCAACAGCAACAACAACUUUGGAGGACGCCAUGUAUGCGCAACAUGUGCGCAAAUGGAGUCUAAAAACGCAACUGCAACAAAUGCCAUUGAUAUCGCUAGCAAUCUACGUCAGCAACAUGUUGCUAUUGAUCACAUGUGCGCCGACGAUAACAGCCACAGCAACAGCCACAGCAACAGCUGCAGCUGCAACAGCAACAAACACACAACAUCACACAUUAUGGGAAGCUGAAGAAAGCAGCUAUUACAUUGCAUUGCCCCAACAGCAACAGCAGUAUCAGCAACAACAACAGCUGGCGGCGGACAAUGGCAGCAGUGGGAGCAGUGAAAGCGACAACAACAGCAACAGUAACAGUAACAACAACAACAACAAUAUAUUAAGUAGGCUGCUUAGCCGGCCAAGCAAUAGUCUUAGUAGCACUAGCACUAGCAACAUUAAGUUAAGGCCAGCAACAGUAUUCGACGCACAGCAGCAGCAGCAGCAGCAACAGCAGCAACAAGUUCCAAAUACGCUAAUCAAUAGUCAAAUAAAUAAAUUAUUAUACAACAACGGCAAUCCGAGCUUUGCGUUGAGCAGUAAAGCGCGGCGACAUGCGUUGCCACAACUACAACAACAACAACUCAGCAGCAGCAGUAGCACUAAUGCUGCGCGGCAGCAACCACAAGAUGAUGUUGCCUUUAACUAUAACAGCAAAGUCAGAGCAGCAAUCACACGCCAUUUCAUCGCGUCCUACGAAGUGCCAGAGAGCAGCCAAGUCAACGAUCAAACGGCGCGCAAUCGUCGCGAUUUUGGCAACAUCAGCAACAGCAACGUGGGCAGCCAACGACAACAGCGUGCUAACAACAACCAUCGAAGGCAACAGCAGCAGGAUAAACGCGAGCAACGCCGCCAGCGACAACAGCAACGCAAAGAGCAGCGACAGCAGAAGCAACAACACCAGCAGCAACAGCAACAUCAACAGCAAAGGCAACAGCAACAGCAACAGCGGCAACAACAGCGUCGCAAGCAUCCGCGAAAGCAUCGAAAUCGCUGUCGAUCUGGACGCUAUUGCUCAGCGCGUGAUCCCGCCCAGCUGGCGUUUGUAGCGCCCACCGUUUUCAUGGGCGUCUUCACAUCGAUGACAGCCGAUCGUCGCGCCAAUUUCUCGGCCACAAUGAAAGUGUUGCAGGUGUACAAGCAACAGCGCGAUCUGCAACUGCCGCCGUUGGUCCGAUUGCAGUUCGCAUUGCGCAACGGCAGCGGUGAAUGCGACAUCUACAGGGAGCGAUUGCUGCCACGCGGAUUGGUCCGUGGCAACGAUCUCGAGCAAUCCUCGGACGUCACCUACAUGAUGUUCGUGCAGCAAACGAAUCCCGGCAACUUCUCCAUCCUCGGACAGCCGAUUCGUGUCACGCACUCGGUGCUCGAAUCAGUCAAAAUGGCUGUGAAUGAAACUUAUGCACAGAACGCAUCGAUUACGUCGAUCACAUCGAAUCCGACGAACACGACGAUCGAGAACGGAAGGGAGCUGAGGAUCAUAUGCAAGGUGGAGGGCAGGCCGCCACCAAAGGUGACCUGGUUCAAGGACGACAAGUCGAUAAAUCGCAAACGCAAUGUUUACCAAUUCAAGCAUCACAAAAGACGCGCCGAGCUGGUUGUGCGCUCCUUUAACAGUUCCUCCGAUGCGGGCAAAUACGAAUGCCGUGCCAAGAACAAAGUCAGCAAAAAACACAUUGACAAACGCCGCAUCAUGAUCAAUGCCUAUCCAGUUGCCACACGGCCGGAUCAGAGCAACUGGGGCUAUCCAUGUAAAGAGGAGAAUGUUUGCUUUCACAACGGCACCUGCAUGCUGAUACCGGAUAUCUCUCAGUACUAUUGCAAUUGCCCGGAGGAUUACUAUGGUGUCCGUUGCGAGAACCACUCGUCAGACAAUAUUUUGUUGCAAUCUACGGCCAAAUACAUACCUUAAUUAAUGACUAUUUUAAUGCAUAGAAUUUUUAUUUAAACAAACAAACAAAAACAAAAAAAAGAAAACUGCAAACAAAAGUACUCCCUGCACUCCAACGCCGACAAUUGUAAUUUUUUAGUAUUAUGUUUAAAAAAUUAUACAAUUUGUUGCACCACACACAAAAAAAAAAAAAACCACAUAAAA